AGGGCUUAGGGCAGUCAGACUUUCUCCUCUGCAGUAGAAGGUUACAUUCAUGGGAAGAUCAGUGUUAACCGUGUUACAGACAGUUGCUGCUUUGGCAAUUUGUAAAGCAGCCCCUACUACAAGUCAAGAUGUCACUCUGUCUUCAGAUGACCUGCAGGCCAGAGCUAAGGCCUAUCUAUCCCAGUUUUACUCGGUUGCUGGCUCCACCAACUCCAUCAUGUCCAGGCGAGUGAUGAUGGACACCCCAGUGGACUCAUUUGAGAGAGACCUGAGGAGCAUGCAGGACUUCUUUGGGCUGGAGGUGACAGGCAGGCUGGACUCGAACACCCUGGAGGUGAUGGCCAAGCCCCGAUGUGGGGUCACAGACGUGUCCCGCUACGGACACUUCCAGGGCAAGCCCCACUGGAAGCAGAGCAUCGUCACUUACAGAAUUACUGAGUACACACAUGACCUGAGUCGGCGUGAGGUGGACUCCACCAUCGCCCAGGCCUUCAAGCUCUACAGCGACGUCAUCCCACUGGACUUCAAGCAGAUCUACAGUGACACCGCUGACAUCAUGAUCCUGUUUGGAGCCAAAUACCACGGUGACUUCUACCCCUUCGAUGGGCCGAAUGGUGUCUUGGCCCAUGCAAACUCUCCAGGAGAAGGCGAAGGUGGUGACACACACUUUGAUGAAGAUGAGUCUUGGACUCUGAGCCAGAGAGGGAUAAACCUGCUUCUGGUGGCGGCCCAUGAGUUUGGCCAUGCUCUUGGAUUGGACCACUCACGAGACAGCUCAGCUCUGAUGUACCCCACAUAUCACUUUGUGAACACAAAAGGAUACAGGUUACCUGCAGACGACAGGCGGGGAGUACAGGCCUUGUACGGUGUCCGGACAACACCAGGUCAGCCGGAACCAACAAGACCCAAGCCUAAACCAAAGCCCAAACCAGAACCUAAGCCUGAUCCUAAACCCAAGCCUAGACCAGAACCCAGACCAAACCCUCCAGAAAGAUGCAACAGGAACCUUGUCUUUGAUGCUGCCAGUACCAUUCGGAGUGAGCUGUACUUCUUCAAAGAUGGGUAUUACUGGAAGAAGAGUGGCUAUUGGAAUGGAGUAAUGACRAAGACAGUGAAGGGAACCUGGCCUAGCAUUAGCCAUGUUGAUGCUGCAUAUGAAUACAAGGGUCGAGACAUCGCCUUACUAUUUGAAGGAAGAAGGUACUGGGGCACAAGAGGCCUUACCGUCCUAUCAGGUUAUCCCAAAUCCAUCUACAACUUUGGCUUCCCCUCGUACGUAACCAAGAUAGACUCUGCAGUUCAUGUGGCAUCCACAGGGAAAACCCUAUUCUUUGUGAGAAACAAAUACUGGAGCUUCAAUGAAAGGAUGAGCACAAUGGACCAUGGCUACCCCAGAAGAAUCUCCCAGGAUUUUCAUGGUAUUGGCAGGAAAGUUGAUGCUGCUUUUGAAAACCAUGGUUACCUGUACUUUUCAGAUGGCCCCAGGCAAACCGAAUACCACUAUCCAUCAAAGAGGGUGAACCGUGUCUUGUUGAACUAUGGAUGGCUGGACUGCUACUAAAAAGAGAAUCAUUAAUCAUUUUCAGCUGUACAAAGUAUUUAUGUUGUCAUCAAGAGCUGCAUCUACACCCAAUUAGCAACAUAGUAUUUUUCUAGAUAUAUGCACUUUCAAAGAUGACUUUACUGAUACCAGUUUUGGAACAAAUGUUCAAUUUUAUCAGAGAACAUUAUCAUGACGAGACCCAGAUGCAGAAACAGGAGGCAGAUGGUUGGAGUCUUACAAUGUUUAAUAAUCCAAAAGGUGUAGGCAAG